AUGGAAACUAUUGAAGACUCAGCUGAAAAUAGCUUUAUGGAGCGUAAAUCAAGCAUUGUAGCUAGAUGGCAAGCAUUCGUGGAUAGAUCAACACCUUAUACAACCUACCGAUGGACCUCCUUUGGUGUUAUAUUUAGCUUAUUUCUCUUGCGGAUCAUUAUUGCGCAAGGAUGGUACAUUAUCUGUUACGCGUUAGGCAUCUACUUACUCAACAUGUUUCUUGCGUUUCUAACGCCCAAAUUUGACCCUUCACUAGAGCAGGAGGAAGAGGAUGAAGAAGGGCCUACAUUACCCACACGAAACGAUGAAGAAUUUCGACCUUUCAUACGUCGAUUGCCAGAAUUCAAGUUUUGGUAUGCCUCCACUAAAGCAACUGUUAUUGCGCUUGUUUGCAGCUUUGUUCCAGCAUUCGAUAUUCCAGUCUUCUGGCCCAUAUUGUUAAUCUACUUUUGUUUAUUGUUUGCAUUGACAAUGAGAAGACAAAUCCAGCACAUGAUUCGAUACAGAUACGUCCCAUUCGAUUUUGGAAAACGAAAAUAUAAAAAGGUAGUGGAUAUGGAUACUGUUGAUGGUAGUGGUGGUGAGACUUCAUCGCCCUCUAGCACUGCUGCAUAG